CCCCACCACAAACUCGUCCAAUUCCAUCACAAUGGCCGUCGGACGCAGCGCCGCCCUCAAGCUUGACUGGACCAAGAUCGGCACCCAGCUUGGUCUCAAAGGCAACACUGCCGUUGCCCUUCAAUCCUUCAAGAAGCGCAACGACGAUGCGCGCCGCAAAGUCACCGUUCUCUCCGAGCAGCCCCAGACUGUCGACUUCGCCUACUACCGCUCCAUCCUGAAGAACACCGCCGUCAUCGAUGAGAUCGAGAAGCAGUUCAGUGCUUUCAAGCCCCAGACAUACGAUGUCAACAGGCAGAUCAAGGCCAUCGAAGCUUUCGAGGCACAGGCUGUCAAGAGCGCCGAGGAAACCAAGAGCGUUGUUGACAAGGAGUUGAGCGACUUGCAGAAGACCUUGAAGAACAUCGAGGAGGCCAGGCCAUUCGAGGAUCUCACCGUUGAUGAGGUUGCUGCUGCUCAGCCCGACAUUGACAGGCGCACCGAACAGCUCGUGUCCAAGGGCCGCUGGGCCGUUCCCGGUUACAAGGAGAAAUUCGGCGAUCUUUCCGUCCUAUAGACGUUUUUUCUCUCGUGCCAAAAUAUCCCCGGAUUGGGCUGUACUACGUAUUGUGAAUAGCUUUGAGGUCCCAAUGCAAUCAUAGAUCGAUCUAGUCCCAAGAUGAUGCCAGUUGCGUGAUAGUUUCUGAUCUCUUAAUGAUGUUGAUCUCGAUUGUUCUACUUAUUAUAAAUCCUCUCGUCUGAGGAUUUUGCGGUCGCCCCAGGAGUGUCCGAUUUUGACUCGGCCAGGAAUGAUUGGAGCCAACUUUGAUAUCUAUUCCCUCGAGUUCUUCCAUCUCAUAAUCGCUCGGGUGGAU